UGGCACACAUCUACUAGAAGCCUCCAUUUUUCGUUAUCCCUUCUCCAUCGACAGUUCCCCAUAGCAAAUGCAAGCAGUUCUCGCAGCCAUGGCGGCGCAAUCCCUCAUCUCUGCCUCCCCUUCCACCUACAUCCAAGUGUCCCCCUUCUCAAUUUCUUCCCCUCCGCCUUCCCUAAUCUCCUCCUUCCAUGGCGCCUCUCUCAAGCUACCUCGCCACUCCCUCUCCCUAGCAGCCUCCGUCGCCCCCAAGCCUUUUGUUGUCGUUGCCGCUACAAAGAAAGCCGUCGCCGUUCUCAAGGGUACUUCCAAUGUUGAAGGCGUCGUCACGCUGACCCAAGAAGACGAUGGUCCAACAACAGUAAAUGUUCGUAUUACCGGGCUCACGGAAGGGCUUCAUGGAUUCCAUCUUCAUGAGUAUGGAGACACAACAAAUGGAUGCAUUUCUACAGGACCACAUUUCAAUCCUAAUAAGUUAACUCAUGGAGCUCCUGAGGACGAAAUCCGUCAUGCGGGUGACCUGGGAAACAUUGUUGCCAAGGCUGAUGGAGUAGCGGAGGCAACCAUUGUAGAUAAUCAGAUUCCUCUCAGUGGCCCCAACUCCGUAGUUGGAAGAGCCUUUGUGGUACAUGAGCUUGCGGAUGAUCUUGGAAAAGGAGGUCAUGAACUCAGUUCAACCACAGGCAACGCUGGUGGAAGAUUGGCAUGUGGUGUCGUCGGGCUGACUCCCGUGUAAUGGCAACAUACGAACUGCUAGCCUACAAGGUCAUGAGCUAUACGGGCACUGUUGGCAGCUUGUUGUCACCCGCUUCUCCACAGGCAUGAGUUUCUUUUCUCUUGCCUAGCACAUAUAUUGCCUUGGGAAGACGGUUCAAUUGUUUUCACGUUGAUAUCUGUUUUACUGUGGCUUCCAUUAGUUGAAUAAAAUUGACUUGCUACUUCUGAGAUAUAAUGAUCUUCCUUUCA